CGAACUACGAGGUUCUCCUUCCCAACUCCACGCUCCUGAAUUUCCAGCGCGCCACGUCAAGCAAACGAAUAAAUAGGCAGAUGCUGUUUCGAAGUGCCACGUCACCCCUCCUUCCUUCCUUCCUUCCUUCCCCAACCUCUACCUCUGUAGAAAACCCAAGUCGUCUGCUGUUGCUACGGUUUCGAAUUUCCGAGUUUCUCUUUUCGGAAAUCUAGGGAUCAAAAGAGAAAAUCAGCCGCCAUUUUUUUUCUUUGGCAUUUUUUUUAAUAUUUACUGCCACUGAACACCAUGAAUAUCUUCAGAUUCGCGGGUGAUAUGACUCACUUGAUCAGUAUCUUAAUUCUCCUCCUCAAGAUAUAUGCCACCAAAUCUUGCGCUGGGAUUUCUCUGAAGACUCAGGAGCUUUAUGCGCUUGUAUUUCUGACACGAUAUUUGGAUCUGUUCACGGACUUUAUUUCUGUGUAUAACACUGUGAUGAAGCUGGUGUUCAUUGGGAGUUCUCUGGCCAUUGUUUGGUGCAUGCGAAUGAACCGAGUUGUGAAGCGGUCAUAUGAUAAGGACCUUGACACGUUUCGCCAUUACUUCCUUGUAGGAGGAUGCUUUGCUUUGGCGCUUCUUUUGAAUGAGAAGUUCACAUUUCAAGAGAUCUUCUGGGCAUUUUCAAUAUACUUGGAGGCAAUUGCGAUUCUUCCCCAGUUAGUUUUGCUGCAACGAAGUGGAAACGUGGACAAUUUAACAGGACAAUAUGUUUUCUUUCUUGGGGCCUACCGUGCUUUCUACAUUCUCAACUGGAUCUACCGGUAUUUCACAGAGCAGCAUUUUACGCGGUGGAUAUCUUGCAUCUCUGGUGUCGUUCAGACAGCUCUAUAUGCAGAUUUCUUCUACUACUAUUUUAUCAGCUGGAAAAACAGUGCAAAGCUCCAGUUACCAGCUUGAGCAACUUUGAGUAUUUGUUUGGAAGUUGUUGUUGGGUCAACUUAGUUUAGGUUACGUAGAUUUUUUUAGUUGAAUUUGCAGUCGAUGGUGGUGUCAAAUAUAGACAGGAAAACAAAUAGAUAUCGAAAGUAGACGGCAGGAUAACAUACACUAGUUACAGUUCUCACUUUUUAGAUUGAAAUUAAAGCUCCAUGUUUACAUGAGGUGAUAGUUUUUUUAUGUUUCACCCACCUUUUGUAUCAUGUCUUGUGAUAUAUACGUAAGGAUGAGACUGUCAACUGCAAUAGAGAUUUUGCUAACAUCCUUGGUUUUAGAUUGAAUCCAAAUUCCCUUUGUUCUAAAUGUGUCACAGAAUAGAACGGGUGCAAAUUUAAGAUUGGCUUCAAAUGA